AUGGGCACGUCAGACAAUCUAGCGCCGCGCGAUGCCAAGAUCAUCUCGUUGAUAUUGCGUUCUGUGGGCAUAGAAGAGUGCGAGCCUAAGGUAAUCCUGCAGUUUCUGGAAGUUGCCUACAAGUACUUUAUAGAGGCCCUGGAAGACGCCAUGCUAUACGCCGAGCAGUCGGGAAGGCAGACGCCAAACGGGUCGGACAUAAAACUGUCGAUACAAACCAAAAUCGGGAAAUACUUUGUGCCCCCGCCGCCUCGGCAGUUUAUGCUGGAAAUUAGCUCCAGGAUAAACGCAAAGCCUUUGGUGGUGCUGGAAACAUCCAACCUUAUACGCAUACCAGGAGAGAAAACAAGCCUUCUGGAGCUGUACUAUGCAACCAUAAGAAAGGACGAAACCCGAAAAAGAAAGAAAUAA